UGUACUUUGGGGCUCCAACAAUACCAGGAACGACCUGGCCAAACGACAGAGAGGUACGAUGACGGAAACUUCUCUUCAGUGUCUGCUCCUUCUGAGCCAGGUAUCUCUGCUGAUCUGCAUCACUCAUCAAGCUCGUCUGACCAUCAGUCCCAGCAGAUCUCAGUUUUUUGAAGGAGUCUCUGUGUCUCUGAUCUGUGAGGACGACAGCUCUGCUGGAUGGACGGUGAGGAGAAACACAACCAAGAAGACCAGGACUCAGUGUGCUGACUGGGGAGAAGCUACUGGUUCUUCCUGUAACAUCAGUGUUGUCUUCACAAGGGACUCUGGAGUUUACUGGUGUGAGUCCAGAGAGGGAGCAACCAGUAACAGCAUCACCCUCACUGUCACUGGUGGAUCGGUGAUCCUGCAGAGUCCUGUCCUCCCUGUGAUGGAGGGAGAUGACCUCACUCUGAGCUGUCAAUCAAAGCCUCCCUCCAACCUCCCAGCUGCUUUCUAUAAAGAUGGCUCCCUCAUCAGGACUGAGUCUACAGGUCACAUGACCCUCCACCAUGUUACCAGGUCUGAUGAAGGUCUCUACAGGUGUAGCAUCAGCAGUCAUGGAGAGUCUCCACCCAGCUGGAUCUCUGUCACAGUUGAACCUACAACCACAGCCCAGCCUGUAUCAACAACUCCACCUACUACUGUAGCUCCGCCCCCUGCUUCAUGCUCCUUCCAUCUUGGGUUCAUGCUGCUCCUCCACCUGCUGGUGUUCUGUCCGUACUUCAUCUCCACCCUCCUCAUGGUGUCUUUAUAUCGACGCAGAGACACAGGAAGUGACCUGGCCGUCUCCAUGGUGAUGACUCCAUCCACCCAGGCUGAUCAGGGAUUGGCUGAUGACUAUGAUGAUGUCACCACAGAGCAUCAUCUAAACUGAGCUGAACAUCUCAUCUCUCUCUUCUCCUGAUGUUCUUCUUUCACAUGAGAACUUUCUAGAACUGAGGUCAACAUCUGUGAACAGAGACGUCACAUCUGUCUGUUUAUCCUGGAAAUAAAGCAGUGAAGGGGGCGUGGCCUGUCUGCUCUGCUUCUUUUACACACCUGGACAGAACAGCUGCUACACUGGAUCCACAUCAACACAUGAUGAAGGUCUCUAUAAGUGCAACAUCAU